CGCAUCAGCUUGGUGAGGAAAAGCUCAGCCAGGAAUCAAUGUGAGUUUUACAAGCAACCAGGCGGUACAGUGGAACUGCUGCUAACAGCGUUCAAGAGCCCUGGAGAUCAAUCAGCAGCAAUUGUCUUUAGCAGACCUCUCAUUGCUUCAGGAGUUGGUGAUUGAGUUAAUUGCAUGCUGUCAUAAGUGACGGAAACAUUAUCGCUACAAAGGUGAUGGGUGGGAAGCAGUCCCGCAGCCUGUCCAGCUCAGAGUUGAAUGAGGUGAGUGUGGGCCAAAGAAAGAAGGGUACAAUUAGAGAUGAGCAGCCCAGCCUGUCCUGGGCAGCUGAGAGGAUCCGUAAACAAACCAGCGUACACUUUGGUUUCAGUACUCUGAGUUUAUCCAUGCGGGGGUUGAAUGAAACCCCCGCCGAGCUGUGGGAGCUCCAGGACCUUCAGAAACUCAACUUGUCCAUGAACUGUCUGUCCUCCUUGCCUCCCGCUCUGGGUUCUCUGGACAAUCUGGUGAUUCUCAACUUGUUGGGAAACAACCUGUCCAGUCUCCCCCCUGAGAUCGGCCUGCUGAAGAAGCUUCGCGUGCUGUUCGCCUCUCGCAACCGCCUGAGUGAGGUUCCUGAAGAGCUGGGCUCCUGCACACACCUGGAGGUGCUGAGCUUGGCCAACAACCAGAUCUCCAGCCUCCCCAGCAGCCUGGCUGCCAUGCAUCAUCUGACCAAACUCAACCUCAGUCACAACCGCAUUGUUCACAUCCCCUCCUGCGUCUACAGCAUGAAAGGACUGGUCUUCCUGCACUUGGCCUGCAACCGCUUGGAGACCAUAGCAGAUCAGAUUCAGGACCUGGUUAACCUGAAGAUCCUGAUUGUGGAGGGAAACAGCAUACACACUCUUCCAAAGACUUUGUGUUUCUUGGAUUCAUUAGAGCUUCUCAAUGUGGACUUUAACGAGCUGCAAAGUGUGCCUGACGAGAUGUACCAGCUGAGCAGACUCAGGCGGUUAGCCUGCCAUCCACUGGAUAAAGGACUUCAUAUAAUUCACAACCCGCUCCUCAAGCCUAUCCAUGAGGUGCUGCAAGGUGGACUCAGUGCCCUUUAUAACUACCUCAAGCCCACUUAAACAAGCACCACUGUUUGUGUGUGUAUGUUGUUUGAUGAUUCCUCGGCACCUUGGUGGUCAUGCACCAUUUGACCAAACUCACUCUGAUGUUUCUACGGCAAUGGUCUCAAACGCCAGUCCUCAAGAGCAUGUGUCCUGCAACUUUAAGAUAUGUCUCUGUUUCAACAUACCUGACUCCAAUGUUAGCUUAUUAGCAGAGCUCUGUGGAGGCUAGUAAAGCAGUUUAGUCAAUUUAUUCAAGCAUGUAGGACAUUUAUGCAGGAGUCUGGACCUCAAGGAUUGCAGUUUGGUCUACAGCAUGAAAGUUCCUGGACUUCUUUCACUUGGAAGCAAUGGCUUCCAAAUGACUGCAAGCCAUUGCUAACCAGAUUCAGGGCCUGGUUAAUCUGAACAUUCUGUAAUGCAUCAGCUGAGCAGACUCAAUGAGCUGGCAUGCCUUCUAAUGGAUAUUUGCCAUUUACUAUAUUGGAUUUCAUAUGAUUUAGAACUAGUGGUGGUUUUUAAUCGGGAGGAUAUGACUCUCCACCCAGGGUGGCAUGGCAUGAGUGUCCCCAUUAGCACUUAAAUGAAUGACAUUUCUAGCUAAUAAGGUUCAGGACCCUCUGGUACUUUGACCAGUGCAAACACAGCAAGAAAAUAUGGCUGAUAAAUGAUGCUACAGUUGGUAUCUGAGCUGGAGCUUUGAGGUUGAUCCUAAUUUUAAGUGGUAUAUUACAGUUUUGUUUUGUUUGUUUUUUUUUUAAAUUAGGGCUGGAAAAAUGAAUCCUUCUGAAUAUAAAUUUGUU